GCGCGUUCGUAGAAAGUGCCGGAAGUCGAUCCUUAAUUUGUCACUUUGAGGGACCGCGUUAGCAUUCCUAUUUUUUAAAAGGGACUCUCGCGGAGCACUUCUGCGGUUUCUGGGCUGCUGCUUUGGCUAUAGUAAAGCAACUCGGGAACUCAAUUUUUUGUUGGCUUCCUGGUUCAACAUCGCCUAGUUCAGAUCAUGAAGUUACUCACUGCAAUUUUAUUAGCGAGGCUGACGUUGUGCGCCGACAUUCAAGGCUCCUACCAGAGUGGGCAAUCAAAGAUGGAAAAGAAGGCAAACGUAGUAAAGAUGCUGAGACAGAAGGUGCCUCUUGUACUGCUCUGGGUUGAAAGCGGGGUGGUUAGUCUUGAGCCAUACAGCUGUAUCCAGCUGUUGUACACUUCGCAGGAAUCUGAUGAUACACUUUACGGCGUCGUAUCAAACGGGUGGACUGAAAGCACCACCCGGAAAGUUAGAACAGGGAGAACGAAUGCCGACGUGUCCAUUAGGUUUUCGCAAACACCACUGGACAUGAUCCUGAAUGUUGAAGAAGUUCGCAAUAAAGCUGCCGUGAAGUAUCUAACAGGAUCGUAUGUUAUUUUGUAUGCAGAGCCUGGAUGCGUUAUUUUGAGAUUACAAAAUCAUGAACAAAUAUGUACAGCGUGGGUUCCGGCAAGCACUGUGGAACAUCUACACCUUAAAUGCCGAGACGCAUUUUUUUCUUUGUGUAAAUCAUGUCAACCACGAGUGUAUUCCUGGGAAAGAAUCACUGCUGUAAGCCACAAUGCGUGAAAGUGGUCGUAAUGAACAGCUUUUGUGUUUGCAGCAUAUAGCGAAGGCAUUUCAGCAAUAGUAACCAACUUGCUACUACACGUCAAAUAAAUCCAACACUUAUUUGUUAAA